UAUCACUACUUGUUUAUUAUUCCUGAAUAUGUUAUCGAUGGUCGUAUUUCCAAAGUAAUUCUAAUGUGCUUCUUUAUAUGGGCAGUUUGUUCACAUGGUUUAACACCCAGGCAAUAUGAGGUUACAGUGAAAUCCACUUCCUGUUUCCUCCCCUGUCCAUUCCUCCCCUGCCUGUGCCCAUUAUGAGUAACCACUGUGCUUGGCGUCUUUACAUGUUUAUACACAAGUGCAAACUCCAUUCUUGUUUUCUUUGUUUGUGCACACUAUUCCGCAUCCUGCUUUUUUUCUCUUCAUAGCUUAUCCUCUUAAGCCACUGCGUGCUGUGUUAAGUCACUUCAUUCUGGUCUCUUUGUGACCAUGUGGACCAUAGUCCACAAGGCUCCUCUGUCCAUGGGAUUCUCCAGGCAAGAAUAGUGGAGUACAUUGCCAUUUUCUCCUCUAGGAGAUCUUCUCAGGAAUUGAAUCUCAUUUUCUUAAUGUCUCCUGGCAUUGUCAGGCAGGUUCUUUACCACUAGUGCCACCUGGGAAGCCCUCUUAAGCCUCUACUUAUGGCCGUUGGGUUGUGUCCAGUCUUCUGCUUUGAAAAACAGUGCUAAGCCCCCCUCCCCCUGCAAAAAAAAAAAUAAGACCACUAACAGUAAAAGAAAAUAAGAAUUGAGCCUUGUCAAGAUAUUUACUUUUGAUUAAAGUUUGACUUCCCUGGUGGUGAGGUAGAUAAGAAUCUGCCUGCCAUUGCAGGGGACAUGGGUUCAGUCCCUGAGCUGGGAAGGUCCCACAUGCUGUGGAGCAGCUUAGCUUGUGCUGCACAACUACUGAAGUCCACACACCACAACAGGAGAAGCCACAGCAGUGAGAAGCCCAUGCCCCACAACAAAGAGCAGCCCUCACUGAUCAGAGAUCAACACAGAGUAGUGCUGUCUGCAGUGAUCUCAUGGAGUCUUAACCACUGGACCGCCAGUGAAGUCCCGUUAACUCUACUUUACAUAUUUGAGGGCAAUGGAAAAAAAAAAAUUCUGCUUCAAACAAGUACUGUUCCCCAGAGAGAAGAGCCAGGAAGAGACAAGAAAGCCAGCAGUCAUGGCGGCCAAACCAAAGCUCUGGUACUUCUGUGGCCGAGGCAGGAUGGAUAUCCGCUGGCUGCUGGCUGCAGCUGGUGUGGAGUUUGAAGAAGAAUUUCUUGAAACAAGAGAACAACAUGAGAAGUUGCAGAAGGACGGACGCCUGCUUUUCGGCCAGGUGCCUCUAGUUGAAAUUGAUGGAAUGGAGCUGACACAGACAAGAGCCAUCCUCAGCUACCUUGCUACCAAGUACAACUUGCAUGGGAAGGACCCGAAGGAGACAGUCAGGAUCGACAUGUACGCCGAGGGCACCCUGGACCUCAUGAUGAUGGUGGCGCUGGCUGCGUUCAAACCCCCGGAGGGAAAAGAGGAGAGCCUGGCUUUAGUCGUGAAGAAAGCCAAAACCCAGCACUUCCCGGUCUUUGAAAAGAUUUUGAAAGACCACGGAGAGGAUUUUCUCGUUGGCAACAAAUUCCGCUGGGCAGACAUACAGCUCCUGGAAGCUAUUUUAAUGGUGGAAGAACUUGAUGCUUCUGUUCUUUCCGACUUCCCUCUGCUAAAGGAAUUUAAGACAAGAAUCAGCAACAUUCCUACCAUUAAGAAGUUCCUGCAGCCUGGGAGUCAGAGAAAGCCGCCCCCGGAUAGCCACUAUGUUGAGGUUGUCAGGAAUGUCUUGCAGUUCUAAAGGCAGCAGUCUUAGGAUGGCAGAGUAAUGAACCAAUUACAGCAUUGGCUCCUGUCACCAAGCAAAGCAAAUGGUGCAGAUUCUAGGAGUAAUCAAGUAAUCAAAGUGUAGAUUCUAAGAGUAAUGUGUCCGAAAAGAACAAAACCAUAUUGCCAUCAGCAGCAAAUGCCAAGUAAAUGCAAUUAAAAAAAAAAAAAGACAAACAAACAAACAAAAAAACAA